GAUAUUCAUUUUUUUGCUAUUCUAAACAUCUAGAAACAAUACAAUUUAACUCCUUUUCUGUUUUUUUGUUAUCUUUUUUUGCCUGGAACAAUCAGGCAACCCCCUAAACACUUCAAAACAACUUAAGAUGUACUCUAUUUAUCGAAAAUAAGCUUCAACAUAUCAACUUUCUAAAAUGCAGACACCUUUAAUUAGCGGACAGAUUUUUUGCACGUGUCUCAUAAUUAGAGAGACAAAUGUAAACAAAAUUCCCUCCCGGUUAUGAGACCUUUCUGACACUGCCACCACUAGCCUCUCUCCCCCAUCCUUGCAGUUAUUUUCAUAAGACACAUAUCACCGUCCAGAAACUAAAUAUUUUCUAGGUUAAUUAAAAUCAUCAAAUUGGAUUAAUGAUCAAAACAAUUUAAUCGUUAACGAUCACUGCCAAUUUACUUUAUACUUUUUUUGUCGUAUAUAAAAAGAAUUUUGAAAGAACAACUGUGCAAAAACAAAAAUUAUUUUGUUUUUAGUGUUAUUUUGGUUACAGAAAUGAGAUGCAAUGGUUGGAUUUGUGAUCUCACUUUGCUUCUUAUCGCUAACUUUAUUAGUGGAAGUUGAAGGAGUAGAAAAAUGUAACUACGUCAGCAGAAUUAGGAGUGGGAAGUCUGAUUAUUACGUGACAGGUUUGUUCCCGAUGUACAACACAGCCCCUUCCAGAUAUAAUUCAAACGGAUUACAAUACUCUGAAGUUAUAAAAUAUACGUUAAACUUAGCAAACAAAAAUUCCUCAUAUAAAAUUGGUUAUGUGUUUUACGACACGUGUGGGGAAGCGCAGCUAGAUAUUACCACUGAAAUCAUAACAGAUAUGCUGCUCGGAGAUUCGUUUUAUUUCUGGCAAAAAAACACAACAUCAGAAAUUGACAUGCGUUCAAAUAAAGAAGGUACGUGCUACUGCCAAUCAGAAUCGUACGGAAGCCGCCAUCUUGGUAUAGUGGGACCGGCGUCAUCAUCAGUUUCGAGAAAAACUAGCAACUUUUUGUCUAAUGAAAAGUUGCAGAUUAUUAGCUAUGGUUCAACAAGCCCAACUCUUAGCGAUAAAAUUGACUAUCCUAACUUCAUGAGAACUAUACCAAGUGAUACCUUUCAAGUGCAAGUCAUAAUCGAUCUAAUUUUACAUUUUAACUGGACAUAUAUAUCUAUCGUAGCUUCUGAUAAUUCUUACGGACGAGACGGUACAGAUAAACUUCUUGAGCUUUUUAAAAAACACAACAUCUGUGUUGGCGUGCAAAUAUUCUUUGGUGUCCCGUAUAGCGACGUUGAAAUUAAAAAGGUUGUUAAAACCUUACUGGAUAGUUCUACGGCAGCCGAAGUGAUUGUUUUGUUUGCAUUAUCAACCCCAAGUAAAAUGCUUUUUGAUCACGCUUCGAAUUUAAAAUUAUUUAAAAAAACUUGGAUUUUGACUGAAGGAGUAACCGGUCGAAAAAUAUGGAGCGAUGAGAUCGAACCAAAUGUUCUGACCGGAGCUUUUGCCAUUACACCAUACACUGGUAGUGACAACGGGUUUGAAAAUUAUUUUUGGAACUUAUCUUACGCUGAAGCAGAUGAAAAUCCGUACCUGAAGAUAUUCUUUAACAUUCAUGGAAUUAAUUCAACGAAUUCAGAAAACGUAACUUUAAAAGAUUUUAAAUCGAAGUUUAAAGGAGAUAAAAUAGGAAACACUCGUAACGCCAUUGUAGCAUAUAUAGUGGCGCUAGAAGAAUUCAUAAAAGAUCAAUGCGAAUUCGAAAAUUGCACAUCUUUACCUUCUCUAUCAAAUCGAGAGUUGUUUAAUGAAAAGUAUGUCCAGCCAGUAGCCUUUACCGGAUUGCUUGGAGAGACGGUGACCUUUGAUGAGAAUGGAGAUAUCACCACAGCAGUGUACAAAAUACAAAAUAUGCAACGGAAAGACAAUAGUUUUGUUUUACAUCCAAUAGCAGAAUGGACGCAGAAGAAAGGAUUAACAAUCGAUGUACAACGUGUGGUAUGGGCAACCCAUGUUAAACCAAGAUCACAAUGUUCUGAUACAUGCAAACCGGGAUUUUAUACGCUGUACGACAAAAGCAAACCAUGUUGUUGGGACUGUGUAAAAUGUCAAAAAGGCUUAGUAAAAAUUGGUCACGGCCAUGGAAAUUGUACUUCCUGUCCGAAAAACAGUGUGGCUGAUAAUGGCAAAAAAUGCGUAAAAUUAGAACUUUAUAACCACAGAAUAGCAUCUAAUAAUGGAGUGAUUAUGCUGUCUCUAUCAGUAUUCGGCAUGAUUUCAAGUUGUUUUGUAUUGUUUACAUUUUUAAAAUACAGAAAUAGAGUUAUCAUACGGUCUGGAAACACAAGGUUCUCCAUCAUCCAGAUUGUCAUGCAGUUACUGUUGUUUUGCUCACUUCUGCUUGUCUUUGCGGAGAUAACAGACGCAAUAUGUGCAAUAAAAUUGUACUUAAAUGGUUUACUACUUGUUAUCACAUUCUCCAUCAUACUCAUCAAAGCGGAGUUAUUACUACGAAUAUUUAACGCAAAAUUUCGAAUUAAUAAAACUCACGCACGUGUUACAACGUCAAUGGAAUUUGGAAUAGUAGCAUGUGCAACUUUAACAUUCUCUUUAAUUCAGAUUAUUUUAUACCAAGAACGACCUAUCGUAGUUAAAGAAAUUUUUGAUUUCGCAAAUAAACGCAAAGAAAUCACAUGUGACUUUGACAUGCAUUUGUCAGCCACAGUGAUUUACUUAAUACUGUUGUCCUUAAUAUGUGGCUUUCAAGCCUUCCGAGCGCGAAAAUUACCGGAUAUAUUUAACGAAGGGAGCUUUAUCAUGUAUGCUGUGUUUGUAUCUAGUGUAAACAUGGUUUUAAUUAUUUUUCUCACACAGUAUGCACAGGACGCAACUACAAAGACGUUCGUGAGAUUUAUUUUUAUUUUCUCCACGAACUUCUUUCUUCUAAGUGUUAUGUUUGGAUACAAGGUAUGGGUCAUUUGGUUUCAAACUGAAAGUACGCAGAGUGAACGUCGCCACACGAUGACAUUCGACAGUACAUUAGAAGGUUUAGAUUACAAGACUGUAGGCACACCAAGAGUUUACAACAAUCGAUCCUUUAUUGAAUCUCCUGAAUCUUCGACGAUAAACGAAUAGUUGUUGCUAUUUGGCAUAUAAUAAAGCAAACGGCGCUUUGAUAUCAAACUAAGCGCUGCAGCUUUAGCAUCUGUACAAGCGUAGGAGGGAAAGAAUGUAUUGAUAAAAUUAUUAUUCGUAUUGCAUUGUAAUACUUACUGUUUUUAAAAAUCUUGCUGUUUCAUUA